AUGCUAGAAUAUGAUGAUGAUUUAAACCAAAGGUUAAAAAUGAUUGCAAUGAUAUCAAGAAGGUUAACAAAAAAUAGUGACAAAAAGAAAUCCGAACUUCAAAGAAUUGAAAAACAUACUGAAAUAUUUGCUUCAAUGUGUCCAGAUGAAAUUCUAGAUCACUACAAUGAUUAUAAUACUAGAGAAUAUUAUACAACACUGAUGCUUGGAGAUAUAUCUGGCUUUACAGAGUUAGCUGAAAAAUAUACAACAUCUGGAAAAAGUGGACCAUCGAAAAUAACAGAAACUUUGAAUAGUUAUAUAGGACCUAUGAUUCAAGAAAUUUUAUCACAUCAUGGAGAUGUUCUCAAAUUCUCAGGGGAUGCAUUUAUGGUAAUGUGGAAACUACAAAAUGGAAUGGUAAUGCGAGAUCUUGCAACUGAAGCCAUACAAACGGCUUGUAUUAUUCAAAAAUACUUUGGAACAUAUGAAACUGAUAUUGGAGUAACUCUUCGAGUUAAAAUUGCAAUAGCUUCGGGUAAAACAUAUUUCACGUCAAUUGGUGAUCCCCAGUGGAUGUCUCAUUAUAUAAUCACAGGAAAGCCAAUGUGGGAUGCCAAAUCAGCAGAAGCUCUUUGUAGAGGUGGAGAUAUCCUAGUAGCUCCAAGUAGUUGGCAGUGGGCCAAUCCUAAAGAUUAUGUAUUCAAAAUACUCCCUGAUAGUGGGCAUACUCUCAUUUUGAGAGGCUCAACGAUGUGGGAAAGUUCUAAAGAAACAUAUGGAGAUAAAAUAUCAACUAUAGAUCAUUCAGUUGAGAGCUCUAGUAUAAACUCACCGCCGGCGACAACUCAUCCAGCUGAAAUAGAUACAACUUUUUCAAACUUUAAGGAUCAAAUAAGACACAAUAGACUUCAGUCUAUAGACUACAGCUUACGCCCCAAAGUAAUAAAAGUGGCUAAAAAUCGUUUGAAAAAUGAAUUGAAAAGCUACAUGUUACGGCCAGUCAUUCAUUCAGUUGACUUGGAUGAACCUUUGGAACAUUUAGCGGAGAUUCGUCAGGUUGUUAUUGUUUUUAUUAAUAUAGUAACUGACAUUAUUGGAAGGAAAAAGUUAAUUGUAUUAGUAAAUAAAUCAUUUCAAUUAAUUUGCAAAAUUGUAGAUGAGCUACAAGGAUGUGUAAACAAAGUUUCUUUAUUCGAUAAAGACUUGAUGUUUUUGUGUAUUUUCGGGCUUAAAGGAGGUAAACAAGAAUUAGAAGCACAAAUAGCUCUCCGUUGUGCGUCAAGAUUAAAAAGUGCUUUAUCUACAAUUAAAAAUAUUAAUUCUGUAACUGUUGGUAUCUCUACUGGAAUGACAUACUGUGGAGUCGUAGGACAUAUUUUGAGAAGAGAAUACACAGUUAUAGGAAUGCCGGUCAACAAAGCUGCAAGACUUAUGGUUACAUAUAAUAAUAAGAUAGUAUGUGACAGGGAGAGUUUUUUACACUCUAGACUUGAAGCAAGCCAUUUUACUUUACAAAAACCCAAAUAUCUGAAAGGAAUUUCCAAUGUCGGACCAAUUUAUGAAUUUGUCGAACAAGUCAGAAUUCAUGAUUCUGACAACAAAAUAAAAUUACCGUUAUUUAAUCGACAAUCAGAAAUAAGACUUUUCAGAACGUUAUUUAAACAAGCUCGUGAGAAUUGGCGUAAUAAACUAGAAUUUCCUUUAAAAGAUAUGAAUAGUAUUUUAAUAGUAAGAGGUGAGCCAAGAAUUGGGAAAACGAGACUCUUAGAUGAAAUGACACAGAUUAUUCCUGAAGAUAUUGCUUAUCAUUAUAUAACUCUCACUUAUAAUGAUUAUCAGAUACCAUAUAAACUGAUUGACUCAAUAUUUCGGAUUCCAAUGCGAUUGAAAGCGUCAUAUACACUUAAAGACCGUCAGAAAAUCCUUCUUAAUUGCCUCGAGUCAACAAACCAUUCAAAAAAUCUUAGUUUGCUUAAUCCAGUUUUUAAUGUCAAUUUCGAAAAUAGUGCAUAUAUUUCAUCAUUAUCAAAACAGUUAAAAAAUCAGAUUUUGUGUAAUUUAAUUACACAAAUGGUCAUUAAAUGUUUUAAUGAACCGUGGAUUAUUUUUAUUGAUGAUGUUGAAAACGCUGAUGAAGAGUCCCUGAAUGUGAUGCCUACAAUUAUUAAUCAACAUCGAAUACUGUUUAUACUUGGUUUAAUUGAUGAUGAAAAAGAAAUUCAUUCUGUGUGGUCUGAAAAAGCUGAAAUAAUAAAACUUAAAGGUCUUGACAAAUGUUGUCAUGUGGGUCUUGCUUGUCAAUUUUUGAAAGUUGAUGCUAUUGAACCGGAAUUGGAAAAAGUCAUCCAAGAAAAAAGUCACGGUAAUCCAGGAUGGAUUGAAAGUUUUCUUGUUAGUUUAUUACAAGUUGGUGGAAUUGAGAUUACAACAAUAUCUAAAGAACAAUUAAAUGAAACUGAUUUUGUUAUUCCAUUACCAACAAUGAUACGAUCAUCGACAUGUAUGAAUUCUAAAAAAAAAUUGAAGCGAAAGGAUGAAUGGGAAAUGUAUGAAACAAGUUAUGAAAGAGAUAUAUCUUUCUUCCAUGGAAAAGAAGAAAUUACGAUCUGUAAAAUCUCUUCUGAUUUUGACAUUAAUGAUGCUACUGCAGAGCUUACUACUGAUGUUACAUUUUUGAAAACUUUCGAUUCUCUAAAACCAUUGGACCAAAUUUUAUUGAAAUGUGCAGCAGUUUUAGGCGAAACAAUAGAUAGAAAUUUAUUGGAAAAGCUGAUGGAAAAAACAUCUAUUCGAGAUAUUGCCUUAACUAUAGUAAAAAUCUUCAAAAUGAGAAUUCUCGGAUGUGCAACUGGAAAUGUUGAUCAUAGUUAUACUCAAUUAUCGUUACUCAAGAGUAUGAAGGAUAUCAAUAGAAACAUUGAAAUUGAAUGCAAGUGCAUGAAUGUUGAAAUAAGAGAGUCACUUUCUGAUUUACCAAAAUAUGCUUCUUGUAAACAUUUACAAUUUAAGUUUGCCAAGUUUCGUGCUGCAACCUACAGAUUAUUAACUGAGAACCAAAAAAUAGAAUUUCAUAAAAAAGCCCUUAGAUAUCUACAAUAUAGUACUAAAAAAUGUAUACCUUGUGGAGAAAAUUUUAAUGAUCUAACUAAAGUUUCCACUUCAGCUAUAUUUUAUACAAACUCUGAUUCAGAAAAAAAAUUAAAAGAAAGAAGAUUGAGAAAAUGGUUCCAUUACGUAGCUAGACGUUCUGAACCAAAAUUAAUACCAAAAACUUUCUCUAACUUUAAUUUCAUUCAUUGUGAAUGUAAUUCAAUUUUGAUAGCUACCUACACUCAAAUUUUAAACCACUGUCGAGGAAUAGAUCGCAAGGACAAAGCACUAAUAGCUAUGUUAGAAUUCAUUGAGAUCCUUUUAGCCACUUCGAAUGUUCCACAAGCUAAGAAACUUCUUAACAGUGCUGAAGAAAUUUUGAUCCAUACCUAUGUAUCGAGAGAUGACGAAUUAGUAACUGUUCCUUGUUUAAAAGCAAAACUUAAAACAUUUCAAGCACGCUGUAAUCUUCAAUUGGAAUUAAUAGAUGAAGCUGAAAAAAAUUUAGAAGAAGCAUUAAAUAUUAUGGGCUACUAUAUUCCGAAAAAUACAAUUAUUAUUAGGUUGAAGACAAAAUUAUUCUAUCAACAGCUUAAGUUAUCAUUGAUACGAUCGAAACAAUCUGCAAUAGAAACUUAUGAUGAUGAAGCUGCUGAAUAUUAUUGUCAACUUUCUAGAAGUCUUUCUCAGCUCUUUAAGAUAUAUCAAACAAAAGGUUCACAUAAUCAUGCUCAAUUGGUUGCAAUUUGGAGUUUAAAUGCUGCUUUAAAUGGGAUGCAUGAUUUUAUUGCACUUUGUUAUGCACAUGCUAAUAUGAUUACAAUUUUUUCUGACAAAUUAAAGAAUCCAAUGAUUUUGGAGUUUUUAAUAAAUGAUAUAAUAAAAAUUUGUAAUGAGAAAAAGGGCGAUAUAAGUGAGUUGGAAUUAAGAGCAAUACUUCAUCUUUAUGCAAGCAUUUUUUAUUUUUAUUGGAAAAAAGUUGAUAUUAUAGUAGCUACAAAGAUGGGUUCGCAGAGUCUCCUUUUAGCACAAAAUGUUAGCUCUAUUCAAUAUCAAUUGGAAAUUUUACCACGAUUAAUUAUGCUAUUAACUGCUCAAUGUCGAUAUAAAAAAAUAGUUGAUUUACUUAAACAAAUUGAAUUUAUUUCAAGAAGUAGUACAAAUAAAUCAGAUAGAAUGUGGUUUUAUAUUCUCUGUUUGAAUUUCCAAAUAGAUACAGGGAUUAUUCUAAUUACUGCAGAACAGUGUGAAGAAUAUUAUCAAGAAGAAGGAAAAAUGAUUGUUAAAACAAGAGACUAUGAUCUUAAAAACAGAUUUUUUACUCUAAUGUGGUUAUGGUAUUUAAGAACGAAAAAAUGGGAAACAUCAACAAUAUGGAAAAUAAAGAGAAUAAAUGUUAUUACACCGAAACGUUGUUCCACGGAAAUGGCUUUAAUUACUGAAAUGAACAAACUCGAAGGUCUUCUUCUGUGUUGUGGUAAAUUUACUAUUUAA